AUGGUUAUUCCACUCGUUAUUUUAAAUUUUAUUCAACGAGCCUAUGGUAAUGAAAUGGAACUAAAAUCCAUUGCUUUAAUUGUUAGUUUAGCAGUUGCUUCUGAAAUAACAUAUAAAAAUCGUCAUCGAGAAAUAUUACUAUGUUUAACAAGUGGUUUAUUAGCUUACUUGCUCAUGUAUUUGUGUUUUCUACCACUUUUGCUUGUAUAUCUACGACCAAUACUAAGAAAAUUAAUGCAAAUGUGGUUUUCUUUUUUCAAUGCAUUUUUUGACAAUAUUCUUCGACCAUACAGUAAAAAAUUAUACCAAAUGUUACCAUCAACUUGGACAUUCGAAUCUGAAGAUAAAGCAUGGCCUAUUACAAGUAUUCAAUUUACAAUAAAAAUUAUUUCACUUAGUACAGCAGUAGUUUUAUGUCUUAAUAUUUAUUCAUAUCUAAUUUUUGGUAUGAUUAUUAAUUUAUAUAUUACAAUAGUUAUAAUAUUAGUUGUUAUAAGAACAUUAUGGAAAUUUUUUGAUGCUAUUGAUCUUAAUCUUUAUCCAUUAAUAUUUAUUCUUACUAUUCUACAUUUUAUAACACCAUCAAAAUCAUUACUUUAUAUUCCUAUAAUAUUAUUAAUAACAGUAUAUCUUUAUCCGCGUUUACAUCGAUUAUUAAUUUGUAAUUUUAUCAAUCAAUUUAUUAAUGAGAUUCAAUUAAUGAAUUUUCGAACAUAUUUCGAAUUAGAUAAUACAUAUAAACAAUUUUCGGCUGAAAUUAUCAAUUUAUUAAUAACAAUUUGUUUAAUAUAUCGUAUCUUUUUUUUUUUGUUUAACAAAUAA